AAUCAUUAUGACUUGGUGAAAAUUUGCCGGUUUUAAAAUGCUUUAACAACCUACUGUAUGCCUUGCUGGGACCAAAAGAUAUUCAUUUAAGAAUAUAAUUAUAUAUUUUGUUACGGAACAGCAGGAAAAUUGAAAAGGUUUCAGGAAAACUUACUUGGAAAGCUCGCAAACUCUCUUCUUUGGCUACGUACGUUGAUCAUUCGCCAUACAAUUUCUUCUGAGAUUGUACUCAACGAAAAAACUAUCCUACUUCAAUUCAUCUAAAGAUUUUCUCCAGAAUGCACCGUUAUUUAGUUACAAAGACAUCUAGUGGAGUAUUAAGAGGCUUGUGAAGAUGAAAAUCGACAGAAGCAAGAUAAGAAAAAGCCAUUCACAACCUGCACCAGAAUGUGAACGCUUGAUACGAAGGCUUACAGAAGCCAAAGAUGGAGACCUGGUUAACGUUUUAAAAUCUGUGGACACGUGGUUUUAUGGAAAGUGUGACCUUGGUCAUUGGGCAGAUGUUUUGGACAGAUUUGACAAUAUCCUCGCAGACGUUGCCAAACCUGUGAAUGGAAGUGCAUGGAUAUUAACAUACGAUAAACUAGAUGAACUGGAGGGACCAGAAGUUGCGGCAGAGAAACGGCAGCUUGUCAAUCAAGUUCUACGCUUCACAGCUCUUCUUAUAGAACAUGCAUACUCUCGACCGGCAUAUAACUCUGCUGAGCAUCUCAUUACCCUCUUGGGUGCUAGUGACAUGGAAGUGGUCCUUUCUGUCUUGGGCCUGCUCUAUGUUUUCAGUAAAAGAUGUAGUUUUAUCCCUAGACUUCCCACAGAUAAGCGGAAGCCUCUUCAACAGCGACUUUUGCAUAUUGGGGAGAGCUGGGGAGGCAAGAAUGGUGGAUUCUCGCUGGCAGAGUGCUGUAAGAAUAAAAGUUUGCAGGAAUUUCCUGAAACUGCCGGAGAUGUUCAUUUUGAGUUUUACGUGCAAGAAGAUAAUCAGGUUGAAGAUCAUGUGGAACAAGACAUAGAAAGCCAGAUAUGUGCAGUUCAUGUUGAGAAAGUCUACCAGUUCUCAGAGAACCCAGGAGAAAUUAUGGAACAACUGAUGGCAUAUUACAAAGUACCUAAAGACAAACAGGUUGGUCUUUUUUCACGUGUAAGAUUAGCAAGACACUUUCCUGUUUAUGCAGAGAGAUUACAAUGUGUUCAGGCUCGACUUUGGGCCAUCUCUGUUUUAGUGUAUUCCAAUAUUAGUCAGGACAUACAAAAGUCUUUAAUGUACCAAGGCUUUGAAGAGGAAGUAGUCGAGUUAUUACAGCUUGAAGACCCUAAACUCUUGGACAUAAAGACUGCUGGUAUAAGACUGUUAACAUCAGUAAUUCACCUUCAGUUUAACCCAAGACUGAAUACCAUUGUUGACUGUGCUGGAAUGUCGUCAUACCAUGGCUUUCUUCCUACUCUUAUGAGAACUUGUAUCCAAACCUUAACAGAUCCAUCCAGAACUCCAUAUCCCAUGUCAUUCUCCACAGCAUUAUUCUCAUUUGUCUAUCACUUUGCAUGCUUUGAAGUGGGUAAUGAUGCCCUUGUCUCAAGUGGUCUUGUUGAGUCACUGCUAAGAGUGAUCGAGUAUUCUGGUGACGAUGAACACUUGACAUUUGUUACAAGAAGUGUUAGAAUCAUGGACUGGAUUGGAAAUACCGAUACGUCAGGAUAUCAGAAUGGAUUGACAGCUGUCAUUAAUCGUCUUGAGCAUGAAGUCAAAAUCUGCAUGCAGUACCAUGGUGGGAUCCUCUCUCCAGACCUACCACAAGGCACUGGUAACCAAGACAACCCUGUUACUAUGGAAACCAAUGAAAGUUCACCCCCUCCCCCACCAAGUCAAGAGCCCGCUAAGAGCACCCCAAUGGAAACAGAACAGGCUGGUCCAAGUGGAAUUGAAGGAGAUGGAAAUAAAAUGGAAGUGGAUGAAAGCGCUGCAGCCACUCGUCUCAAUCCCACUUCUCUUCAGGUUACACAACAGAGAUGUUUGCCUCAAAGAGCAGCGUUGAUCAAAGCAUUGUUGAGCUUCUUGAAGAAAGCUAUCCCAGAUCCUGCUUUCUCAGAAACAAUAAGGAAUAUCAUGGAUGGAUCAUUACCAACAUCCCUCAAAUAUAUCAUCAGUAAUGUGGAAUACUAUGGCCCUGUGCUCUUCCUUGGAGCUAUUGAUACUGUAACUGUCUAUGUAUUCCAUGAACCGUCUUUGCUGUCUUCAUUACAAGAUAAUGGAUUAACGGGUGUGGUAAUGAAAUCACUUGUUCUCAAGGAUAUCCCUGCCAUGAGAGAGGUGCUGUCAUCGUUACCUAGUGUACUCAGUGCUCUGUGCUUGAAUAACAGGGGUCUACAGGCCUUCAUGGCAUGCCAACCCUUUGAUAAACUAUUCAAAGUGAUGUUGUCUCCUGAGUAUCUUCCUGCAAUGAGAAGGAAAAAAACAACUGAAGAAUUAGGGGAAACAGCAUCAAAUCUAGGUAUAGCUAUGGAUGAGCUAAUGAGACACCAACCCACCUUAAAAACCGAUGCAAUGAAAGCUGUCGUCAAAUUAUUGGAACAAGUGUGUGAACUAGGGCAGGACCCUAAGAACAUUGGCUACAAGAUAAGUGAAGUAAAAGAGGGGGAUUUACAAGAUGCUCAGACACAAGGCGGUGCAUCAGGUCUUCCAUCACAAGCAAGCGAAGAACCAAUGACCGAUGAUGAGUUUGAUGACGAUGACAGAUUCAGCUUUACAAGUGCUUCUUCGAAGAUCUCACCUGAAGUUGAAAACAAUAAAGACAAAGAGCUUACUAAAAGCUCAGAAGAAGAAAAAAGGACUUAUGUUCCUCUUGCAGAUUACAUCUUGAAUGUGGUCAAAUUUGUAGAUGCUAUCCUAAGUAACAACUCUACUGAUGACCAUUGUAGAGAGUUUGUACGUCAUAAAGGUCUUGUCCCUCUUCUUGGCAUUCUUGGACUGCCUAAUCUAUCACUAGAUUUCCCGUCAUCACCGUCCUGUCAAGCAGUCUGCAGUGUUUCUAAGUCCUUACUGAUACUAGCCCAUGAGCCACAAGUCCUCAAGCAAGGUAUGCUACUGCUUAAAGAAUCCCUGACCAAACUUCAAACUUCUGUCUACAACCCCUCUGAGAACACAGACUUGUCGAUCUGCCAUGAAGUGGUGUCUGUACCUAAACCUGACAAAGCCAUGCACUCUCCACAACAAACUCCUGUACUGCAUGCCGUCUGUGCUGUCCAUGCCUAUAUUACUAUGUUCCUCUAUGUCUGUAGGUCAGGACAGAUGGAUAUCCGGACAAUGUGUGUCAAUCUGUGGGGAUCAGAGCUUGGUUUGAACCUCUUAUCUCAGUUAGGAGAGCUUUAUAUGUCACUUCUUUGGGAGACAACUGUAUUGGAAACUGUUGUCAAAGAAGAACAAGACUUGAUCAAUGAGAACAAGGAAUCAACUGAUGAAAACUCUCCAGGAACAUCCUCAACUACUGACAGCAAUGAUGACCAAGAAACCCUCAAAACAGCCAAACCAGAAGAUGAUCAAAAGUCACCAUUAAUGCCCUCCCAGCGACGCAUUGUCAAGCAGCUACUCCAGGUCACAUCCAACGUCAGCAAGUGUUUAUCAGAAUUCUUUAGUGCUUUGCUGAAACUCAGUGUUGGUACAGCCCAACGUCAGCGUAGGACACCCCACAACAUUGCCACUCCUGGUGCCCCAUCGCUAAGUGCAAGGCUUGUCACUUCUCAGCUUUGUCAGAUUCUGAAGAACGCUCUGUCUUGGAAUGGUGCUGCUGCUGAUAAGAUCUCACCAGGACUAAGACUUCACUUUUAUGUCAACACCAUCAAUUUUGCUUCAAGACUGUUAUUUGAUGACAAGAAGUUCCCAUACCACUUAAUGCUACAGCAGUUCAUGGUGUCUGGUGCUCUAAAUAGUCUUUUUGAGAAAUUCAACUUUGUGCUCAGCCAAGGAGGAAAAGUUUCCUUGGAAAAUGCUGCAGACCAUCCUGAUAUUCCUGAUGGAACAGAAGAGAUGAUAGAUGCUUGGUUGGUGUUUGUAGAAAAGCUUGUCAAUGCUAAAGCUGUACUAGAAUCACCUCACAGUCUCCCUAAUAAUUCCACUACCGAGGGGUUUGUUCAAUUCAAGCCAAUCCAGUUUCUCAUCAAAGCCCAUAAGAGGGCCUUUGUCUCAGUGGGCUACCUGUGGGGGCGUAAACCAUUCAAGGUUCACGGCUCCAAGAUUGCUGAAACUAUGCUGUCAAUCUUCUGUCACAUCCUGCAAGGAGAAAGCAUCAUUAACGAGAAGCAGGGUGCUGACGACAAGAAAGCUACUGCUGCUGCUGCUGCUACUUCCUCAUCUUCAGCUGGUAAUCAGAGUCAGGGGGGUACAUUAGUGACCAGUAGAGCUGCCACACCCCCUCAACCCGAGGUCAAUGAAAACAAUGUUCAACAGCUAAUAGACAUGGGAUUCACUAGAGCACAGGCAAGACAUGCAUUACUGAGUACCAGUAGUCUGGAGCAAGCAACAGAGUAUAUCUUAAGCCAUCCAUACCCUGUGCAAGGAGAAUCCAUAGCAGAUAAUAAUCAAGUUCGUGAUAUUUUGGGAUUUGAUUUUGAAAUGUCUGAAGAGGACCAGAUGAUGAGAGCCAUAGCAUUAUCUCUAGGGCAAGACAUAUCACCAAUGUCUGUUGAUCAGCCAACAGCUUCAGGCUCGUCUGCUGCUCCUACUGACAAGAAACCAGACAAACCAGAACAAACACAUCCAUCUGAAGAUGAAACCCAACUGUCUAAGGACGUCCUUGAUGAAUUCACCCAUAAGAUAUUCUCAGGCUGUCAAAAACUACUGGAGGAUCUCCCUGAUACAGUUUACAAGGCCUGUAAGCUCUUAGCUGCUGUUGCUAAGCGUAAUGGAGCCGAGUGGAGAGACACUGUUCUUGCAGAGGUCAUGGAGCAGGUUGGAAAAGAUACUUUAACAGUGAUUAAGGCAUGUAGUCCAGAAAACAACAUGGAUAAGUACAUUGAAGAGUUUGUCCCUCAGAUGUGCACCAUGACAGAAGCUGCCAGAUUGUCGUCUUUACUGCAUCUUCUUUGUCUCAUGUUUGAGGAAAUGAAGGUACCAUGCGCAGUGUUGCUGGAAAAGUACAAAACUGUCCAUUCUUUGAUGGAUUUAAUGGAGCUAUGUCAAGUUAGUCUUCUACAGCUGAGUAGAACUGUAGCAGAGCCCACAACACCCAAAUGGCUUUGCCCUUUGCUCCUUUUACUGGAUUUAUAUGAAAAGACAGCUUUAUCUUCAGAAAGGAAAAAACUUCAUGACAAGUUAACUACACGAGUGUGGAGGUGGUUUGAUGACCGAAGUGGCCGAUGGUAUGCCUACAGUGCCACCAAUAAUGAGACAAUAGAUGCAGCUUAUCGAAGUGGUGAAACACGAACAAGGUUUAUGGCUGGCCGAAGGCAUUACAAUGUUAACUUUGCYAAGAUGCUUCAGAUCAAUGAAGAUACUGGAAGCUGCCGUCCCAUCAUGCUUGGCAGCACUUAYGAAUCGCCCCCUUUAGGMGGCAGCAACAGACAGAACCAGCAAUCCGCAGGYGAAGGAGAGGCAGCUAAGAAASCAAAUUCUAAGAAAGAAAAGGCUAAAGAGGAAAAGAAAGAAGCAGCUAAGACGCYACCAGAAGCUGAWGUAGUUGCUGUACAGUGCCUAACAGAUACKCAAAAAUCAACCAUUAUCAGGUGGGUUAAGCCUCAGGCAAAMGUUUUUCUAGUCAACUCUUUUAUUAUACAUUUAYGAAAAAAAWCAUGUGUAUUUGUUUCCGUUUGUUUAUGCAUCAAAGUAUUUCAUUUUAUUUGCGUAUUUAUGUCUUACCGUUGUUAUUUYAGAUGCUGUUCAAUUCUYAUUAGCAUCCCUGUUACSCACAAUGCUUUACACGCUGCUCUAAGACUUUGUCUUCGGAUAACACAAGACCACAARUUUGCUGUSCAGUUCGUAAACCAAGGCGGCCACAAAGCAAUCAUCGGUCUGACRCAGAAGUCYUCUUUUCCUGGAUUUCCSUCCAUCACAACACUWCUMCUYCAUCAYGUMCUCGAAGACCCUGCUAAUUUACAGCAUACAAUAGAGAAAGUCGUGCGGUCAGUCGCUGUGAACGGUGUUAAUAACGCUGCCACUGGAGUAAGCUCAAACUCUGUUGGCGCCAAGGAGAUCAACUACGUUCUACGCCUCCUAGGACCUGCUGCCAGUAGAAAUCCAAAGCUGUUCCGAGAAGCUGCUGUUAAAGUUUUAAAAUAUGCCAUWACACCUCAGCUCAGGAGAAUCCUCAUCGAAGGUGCUGAUGCMUUUUUGCCUUCCAAUCAUGCACAGUUGGUUGCUGUUUUGCCCUCGCCAAAGCCAUCAAAGUUCCCGCCACUUUGUCACUCCGUCCGAGAAGUAGUGUGUGAUUUGUUGAAUGCUUUAUGUKCGCCCGAUGAUGCCUUGUUGAGAGCUGGUGGUCGUUUAGGGUCGAUUUGUGUGCGMCGGUCGGAUAGUCAGAUGCUAGGGGAACUGGGACGAGCUCUUGGUCAACUUGGGGAUAUGAUUGACAGGUUUAGUACGAACCCGCGGGAAAAUACGUUGAGUCCAGGUCAUCCGUCUUAUGGGCGGCAAAUAACCAGUGAAGAUAAUGCUGUCGAUGAUGACGAACCUGCAAUAGACUCUUCUCAGCCUCCUUCACAUGAUGUCUCUACGUCKAAUUUCCGUGAACUCAAAGAAAGAGAAAAAGCGCAGGAAAACACCGAAGAAAGUGCAAAGAAAGACAGUAAGGAAAAGGAAGCCCUCAAACCAUUGUUGACCAAGUCUGCCAUACUUAAGAUCCUUGCGGAACUUGUCAAGACGUAUGGUGGUGUGGCCCAGUUGAUYACAGAAUAUACGUACUCUGCUCGUGUAGCACAGGGAGAAAAACAAGUAAGAAACUUAGCUCGAGUCACUCACAGCUUAGAUCUAGGAAGCCCUAACUUGGUAACAACUUUGAACGCAUUGUUGAAACCUCUGGAAAAACUAUCAAGUAUUGUUAACCAACCUACCGGAAGUACUAGUUCUGCUCAGGGUAAAGCUGCUACUCAGUCCACUGGGGUGGGGACCAGAGAUGGCGCAAGUACUCAGACUGCUGGCCCUGCACAAGUUGCUUCUGAGGCUAGUCAAGCUGGCGCUGCUUCGUCUGUGGAAGACACAAGUCAYGUGGGACAAGUACAGACACAAGAUGCUGAUGUACAGGCAACACCAGACUUGAGUCAACCCGAAGACACCCAGGCAUCGGGUGGAGAAGAGCAAGAGGGCGAGGACAGUGUCCAGUCUUGGGACAUGGGCGUGUCUGGACACGCGGUUGUACCCGUGACGCUGUCAACUGAACGUGAACUAGAUGAAUUCGAAGAAAUGGUAGAUGAAUUAUUGGAACGUGAUAUAAAUAAUCUACAAGAUUCCGACGGUAACGUCCUGGCAGAAGAAAUAGUCGGUGAUCGACUUCUAGACGAUAGUGCGCCCUCUCAGUUCAUUAUAGAAWCUACUGAAAGAGACAACGACAGCGACAGUGUCAGCAGUGAUAGUGAUGAAGGGUCUGAUGGAAGUAACCAUAGCGACAGUGACGACAAUGAGGAAACCAUGGUGAUAACGUUUGAUCAGAAUCAGGAUGAYAACGAGGACAACACACGUGAUAGUCAGCAAGAAGACGAUGUUGACGACGACGAAGACCGUGUCAUCGUGACGACAAGAGACGACGAUGCGAAUGACRACCAYGAGAACGUUGUAGUUAUGGGAGAAGUGGAUGAUGGCGACGAUGACAUCGAAGAUGAUGACGAUGAGGAAGACGACGACGAUGAAGCCGAGGACGAAGACGACGAAGGUGGCAGCGACAUGGAAGAAGAACACGCUGACAUGAUGGAGGAUGAUUCCUUUGCGGUGUAUGAAGAUGAUGACAUGUUUUUGCGUAUUAGAGAUGAGGGCGGUUCGUCAAGGCUUUCUGCAGGAGAAAUGCUGCUUUCAACAGUGCAAGAUGAAGACUCUGAUGCAGGUGUUGUACUUGGCUUGUCCGGUCAGCGUCAUCGUGCACUACCAAUACGACGACACAAUGGCACCGCUGAUGUGUUUCACUUCACUUCUGGAGGACAUGAAACACGUCUCCUUGUUGGAGACGAUGGCCAGAUGCGAGAAAUUGGYGACGAGGACGGUCUUUUUGUUGAUGGAUACAAUGAAUCGACAUCGUUACCGUCCGCUCUCAGCAGAUGGUCACAAGAAAGCCAGAUACUAGACCCAGACAGCGUCCAUUACUGCAUUUCUGCUCUUAAACCAGAUUUAUUUCCCGUGUUUGAGAAACGUUUCAAYGAAGAAGUAGCUAAAGAGAAAGUSGAAGACCAGAAGAAGAAAAAGGAAGCAGAGGCMAAGGCAGCCGCUAAGAAGAAAGAGGAAGAAGAAGAAGCUCAGAAGAAAGCGGAGAAUGAGGYACCCAAGCCAUCUGCAUCCAGCCAACAAUCCACUGAAGAAAUGCAGGUAGAUCUGGCGUCGGUAUCCAGGGAAGCUGACUUAACCGCAGACGAGUCACCAGACUCAUCCGUCCUUGUUUCCAUGAGCAUGGACCACGGCUUAGAGAUAGAAAACCAGACCUCUACGCCUAGAGAACCUCCAACGUCAUCUUCUGAAGAACCCCAAAACAACCCAUCAGCCUCUCUUGCAGAAGAAACUAACGCCAGUAUGCCUUUAGCGUCAGCCUCCAGCGCAAACGCUGACAAUCAGAUUGAGCAGCCUGCGGAAGCUAUGGGAUCGCCGCCAGUUGGAUCUCCAAUGACGCUUGGUAGCGAGGCAUCUGUAGCUUCUGCUGAAAGUGGUGCCCAGGGAGGUGAGAGUAAUGAGGUGGACGAGACGGCGAAAGACGAAACCGCUGAUGAUACCAACGAAUCCAACAAGGAUGAAUCAACAGAUGCGACCCAACAGCCUGAAGCAAGCACCAGUGGUGAGAAUGUUAAUCUGACAAUCGAUGGUGUCUCUAUACCAGAAGGGGUUGAUCCUUCCUUCCUAGAGGCACUCCCAGAGUCUUUAAGGCGAGAGGUUCUUUCUGAACAGUUGGGACUUCGCCCUCCACCACCACCUCCGUCUCAGCCAGCAGCGGCGAGUGGUAGUGAGCCUAGCGCAAUGACAGUCAGUCCUGAAUUCCUGGCUGCGUUACCACCUGAUGUCCAGGAAGAGGUUCUUCAACAACAGCGUUUAGAACAGGAACGACGGAGAGUAGCCACUGCAAAUCCCGACCAACCAGUCGAUCCGGGUGCAUUUUUACGUAACCUUCCACCGCAAUUACGCCAGACUGUUCUUGCGGACAUUGACGACUCGUUACUUAAUGUCUUACCAGCCGAAAUGGCUACUGAAGCUCAGUCACUACGACGAGAUCGAGAACUACGGCAGCAAAGACUCGUACAGGAGCGUUUCGCCUUCGGUGACCCUGCAUCGGCAAUAUCAACAUUAUUGCGUCAUUCGGGACUUUCUCGGAGAGCAGUCGGAGGACCUCAUUUUCCACGAUAUUUCUCUCAAAAUGCUCGUGGAUUUAGUAAUACUGCUCCGAAAACCAAUCAUAAGUACGCUGGUCGGCAGCUUCUUGACCACGAGGCUUUGGCAUGUCUCGUUGUUUUAUUGUUUAUCGAUGAACCGCGGCUUAACGUGGGACGAUUGCAAAAAGUGUUUCGUAACUUAUGCUACCAUGAGGARACACGUCGUUGGCUUAUAAACACUUUAAUAGGGAUAUUACAUAGAACUAGUGGGCUGGACGAGGAUGAUUCCAGCCCCAGGACAACUCCCUUUACACGGGGAGAAGCGACGUCCAGUGCUUCGACGUCAUCAUGUGACGUCAUGUCGGACUCAUCACGUCAUUCUUCUUCAAGUAACAUUGUGGAAUACCUUUUAGAGAGAGGAGAUAGCUCUACGGGAGUUAGUAAAAGUAGGCAGCCGUCAUGGCUGCGUGUUUCUAUCGAUUCAGCAUUAGGUUCGCGUACCAACGUGUUCUGCAUACGCAGACACGGAAAGCUUAACAUGGAYUCYAGCUCACAUAUUAGUAUACAUCGAUACGCUUCACCGUUUAUAUGUCGGCACGUGCUAGACGCUCUGCUGUUCCUCGCCAAGCCAUUUUCAACGAGUUUCAUGCCUGUGUUAACUAAACCUGAAAAUACGGAAAAUUCUGAGUCCUCUAAAGAUAUUAAGCAAAUCCCCAAAGCAGACUCUGAUUUUUGGGAUAUCUUGUUAAAAUUGGACGCCGUGGGYCUKGGACGAAAAGGAAAAUAUUCUGCCAGUUCCUCCAUGCCUAUCCUGGAAGGUGUUCAACCAAAGGAAGGAUUUGAAAGUGCUCCUAUAGGAAAGCUUCUAACGCUGCUGUCUCAUUCUGUAGUAUCUAAAAGCGUGCAACUCACCGACAAAUUGCUACGGCUACUAUCAGUGAUAUCAAACUCGCUUCCUACUCUUCCAACRUCGAGCAAGAAGACGACUUUGACAAGUGUUACAGCAACUGGAGAAAGCGAAGGRGAGGCACAGAGUGGACAGAACUUGGUGGUACCUCUGCCACAAGUUGUAACACCCGAAGCCGCACGUGCUGUGCCUCUUGUCCUUGAGCCUAACGAGGAGCACGUACCGACCACACAUCUUACGAUUCCUAUAUCGGAAACGGAGUCAAUCGCGUCGUCGCUUGUCGCCGAGCGUUCAUCGGAACCGGGCGGAGAGCAUCCCGAAGUUGAAUCGAUUGAUAGUGGUUCGAGCGACGAUGUAACUGCGCACACAAGUCAAAGUGAACCAAUGGUGGUCGAGGUGAAUAUCCCACAUGAUUCUAAUACGGACMGAAUCGAUAGGCCGUCGUCACUACUGACGACCGAUGUUCGAUUAAUWAGUAAUCCCGAACUCUCACUCGUUAAACCCGAYGUUGAACAGACUGUUGUUAUGGAGGGUCACCUUCGUCUUGCGGUUAAUGUCUUAACUUCRGGAUCUUGUUCUGAGGAAGGCUUAGAGGACGUUACAACGCUCUUAUUACAAAUCUCACGUCUGAAUAUACCAACAAGAGAUGCGAUCUUACGUCUGUUACUGGAUGGGGCGCGUAAAAUCGGCGAAGUCUUACGUAAAAACAUUGCUCAGUUAUAUAUUGAAAUUGUCGAGCAUAACAARGCCAAUCCCUCUAAAGGUGAURCGGAWAGAGAACCUGUGAAAUCCAAAAAGAUGCCAAAUAUAGUUUUACCAGAACCACCGCGACGUCCACAGCGAACCGUACGAGGACUUUUCGGACUCCAAGAGCCRACAACCGCUGCUCCUGCUGCUGGGGGUCGAAGACAAACUGGUGCAAAACCUGUUGUGUACGAACUACACCUUCCUUCGAUGCCUGAACUUACUUGUAAGAAGUCCAGUCAAGCUUUACUUUUGAAGAUAUUGAAGGUUAUAYUACAGCUACGUGACGCGGCUAAGCGCUCAGGGAAAACCCCUACCACACGUGAACGAAGACAGCGUCGAGGAGUACCAAGUGAUGUUUUAGUCACUCAUCGACURAUUGAAGGUUCCCGUGGACUUGGUGCAGUUGUAGCAGCCCUGGAAGCCGAGGCAGAGGCGAUCUUUGAAGUAUUCUCCAGCAUGAGAAGCCAACGAGGACGAGACGACGCAGAUCGUGAACAGCAACAAAGUCAGCCWCAACCAAGGUCGUCUUCUGGAGAAACAGUGGCCGCUAACACAGGAGAUGGGUCUGCAGAAGGACCAAGUGCUGGUACUUCUACUGAAGGUACGACUCAGCCACCCGAACCUGCCCUGCCAUUACUAAGCGAGCAGUUAUCACUCGAUGACUUGUGGGAUACUUUGGGGGAAUGUCUAACGGAGCUGGCCAAAACGACGGACAGCCACGCCGUCCUUGUGUUGCAACCAGCUGUGGAGGCUUUCUUUCUUGUUCAUGGUUCUGAGAAGACUACGCCACCCGCACAGACCCCAUCGGCCGCAGAUGCAGCACCGCGCACAUCGUCUAGCUCRGAGAUGCURCCUCCCCCKUCCCCUGUGCUUACAUCCCCCGGUGCGCUUAGCCCCAGCAGACAGGUUUCCAUAUCAUCGGUGACAUCAGAUUUGCCUACAGACACACAGAAGUUCUUGAAGUUUGCAGAAACCCAUCGCACCGUACUAAAUCAAAUUCUACGGCAAACUAACGUGCACCUCUCAGAUGGUCCCUUUGCCGUCCUGGUCGACCACACACGGGUAUUGGACUUCGACGUUAAACGACGGUUUUUCCGACAAGAACUCGAACGCGCCGACGAGGGAAUCCGAAGGGACGAUCUACCGGUUCAUCUCCGACGAGAUCACGUAUUCGAAGACUCUUACCGAGAAUUACAUCGUAGAAAUUCCGAAGAGUGGAAGUCUAGAUUCUACAUUGUCUUUGAGGGCGAAGAGGGACAAGAUGCUGGUGGGCUUUUACGAGAAUGGUACCUUAUCAUGUCUCGUGAAAUGUUCAACCCUAAUUACGCUCUUUUYACUACCUCUCCUGGGGACCGUGUGACGUAUCAGCCGAAUCCCAGCUCCCAUUGCAACUCGAAUCAUUUGAGUUACUUUAAGUUUGUUGGACGCGUUGUU